GACCCUGCAUUCACUAUAUCUGGUCUCCCAGGACCCUGCAUUCACUAUAUCUGGUCUCCCAGGACCCUGCAUUCACUAUAUCUGGUCUCCCAGGACCCUGCAUUCACUAUAUCUGGUCUCCCCAGACCCUGCAUUCACUAUAUCUGGUCUCCCACAGUACACAGAACACGGAAAUGCAAUUAUUUUAGUAAAUAUAAACUGCUAAAUACCCUUUAUCAUCAGCAGUAUAUAUAGCAGCUUUGUGCCUUCUAUCAGUGUCCGAUAGAGCACUGGGCAAUCUUGUAGUGUUCAUUCAUU